AUGUCUUCGGCCAGGUCGCUUAUUGAGGCAACGCCAACAGUGUUGGCCAGUGCAUCGGCCAACAUGCAUGCGUUAGGUGAAAUUGGUACGAGUAGCAACUUAGAAAUGGCCAAGAAUGCUUUAGGUGUAAUAGGAGCCAUCGGAGACGCA